AUGGCUACAUCAACUCCCUACGGUCUCGAUGUUGUCAAUCAAUGUCCUCCGGACACUAAAAUGUGGCUGCUUCACUGCGGGUACCUGGAGGCAGACGAUGGCUUCUUCCUCCGAGGCGGCGGCACAUCGACAAAAUCGAAUCCAAACCAGGAAAGGGUACGACGAAAGCUGGUCGUAGUGUCUGUGUUGAUCGAACAUCCCACCGAGGGUCUGGUGCUGUUUGAGACCGGAGCAGGCAAGGACUACCCUGAGGUAUGGGGCGCUCCGCUCAACGAUAUCUUCGCGCAAGUCGACUACUCGCCUGAACAGGAGCUGGAGGCGCAAAUCAAGCUCACAGGGCACGACGUCAAGGAUGUGAAAGCUGUGAUCAUGGGCCAUCUCCAUCUCGACCAUGCUGGAGGCUUGGAGCACUUUAAGGGCACUAACGUGCCAAUUUAUGUCCACGAGAAAGAGUUGAAGCAUGCUUACUUCUCAGUGGCGACCAAGACUGAUAUUGGCGUAUACUUACCAAAGGAUCUGGACCUCAAUCUGAAUUGGAAGCCGAUCUAUGGUGAUUUCUUGGAGCUAGCUCCUGGUAUCAAUAUCCGCCAUGCGCCCGGCCAUACACCUGGGCUUUGUAUAAUGCAAGUCAACUUGCCACAGUCUGGCACGUGGGUGUUCUCCACCGACCAAUAUCACGUGAAGGAGAACUUCGAGAAUGAUGUACCGCAAGGAUGGCUCGCUCGAGACCAUGAUGACUGGUGUCGCAGCCACCAGAUGAUCAAGGGCCUUCUCAAGCGAACGCAGGGCAACAUCGUGCUCGGUCAUUGCAAGGAGACGUUUGACCGGUAUCAGCAUGCGCCGCAUGCAUACUCGUAA